AUUGAAAUUCGAUUUACCUGGCGCACUAUCUGCUACUGUGCGUUGUGACCGAUUGCAUCCGCUUUUGUUGCGCAUUUUUCGGUCUGCUUGUUCAUUCAAUAGUUCCCUGCUUGUUCAUUGUCAGAUCCGUGUUUUUCAAUCGCUGGCAGAACCUAAAGAGCCAAGUAUUGAGGCCCUUUACAUGUGAUUCAUGUCUUCCGCCAAGAAUUUGAAAUCGGGCUUUGUAUCGUUACAACUAAAUCAAGUAGAAUGGUGUGUUCCGUCAAGAUACAACGAACUUUCAAUGAUCGGGUAUGGGGCGUACGGAACUGUUUGUUCUGCCCACGAUAACAAAUUAAACCGUCGUGUAGCCAUUAAAAAGUUGAGUAGACCUUUUGAAAAUAUUGAAUAUACAAAACGAACAUAUAGGGAAAUCAAUAUUUUAUCUCAAAUGGAUCAUGAAAAUAUCGUUUGUUUGAUUGAUGCGUUUUCACCACAGACAUCAUUGAAAGAAUUUUCAGAUAUUUACCUAGUAACACCAUUGAUGGGUGCUGACCUUGGAGCUAUCAUUGAAACUCAAUCCUUAUCAGAUGAGCAAAUACGUUUUCUUGUGUAUCAAAUUUUAAGGGGUUUAAAAUAUAUGCACAGUAUUGGCUUAAUUCAUCGAGAUUUGAAACCGGCUAAUAUAGCAGUAAAUGAAGAUUGUGAAUUGAAAAUUCUCGACUUUGGCUUAGCACGUCAAAAACAAGAAGAAAUGACUGGUUAUGUUGCAACUCGUUGGUAUCGGGCACCUGAAGUUAUGUUGAAUUGGAUGCACUAUAAUGAAUCUGUUGAUGUUUGGUCCGUAGCAUGUAUUAUGGCUGAAUUGAGAAAUCGUGCACCUUUAUUUAAAGGUGGUAAUCAUAUUCAUCAAAUUCAGUUGAUUCUCAAUUUAUUAGGAAAACCUGAUGAAGAGUUUAUGAGAAAAAUUAACAGUCCUGAAGCAUGUGGAUUUAUUCGCGAUAUCAGUAAAUGUGAACCACAAAAUCUGUACACAUAUUUUUCUUCUUUUUCAAGUGAUGGUAAGUCAAUAAGAUGUAAUUCGUAUGUUUUGUAAGUUCAUGUUUACGUGUAAUAAAUUCUUUUCAUUCAACUUUUGAAUAGUAUCUGGGUUUUUUUUUACAAAGAUCUAGAUAUCUUGGUUUUGAUUCUAUUUGAGCUUGUUGCUUUGUACAUGUUGUUAACAAGUCUAAAAUUGUAAUUGUAUGACUGUCCCACUGCUCCCUAAUUUUUUAUGAUACUCUGAUGAAUGUCUGCCUAUGAUAGAGUGACCUUGAAGCAAGCGUUUUAUAAAAUUGUUGGUUAGAGUUUACUUAUUUAAUUUUUAUUCUUUACUGCAUCCAGUGAUGUGUUUUACGAUUCAUGCAAAUAAUACCACUCAUCGAUAAAUUAAUGUGUUUAACUGUUCCCUUGUUGAUAUUGUUCACUAUUGUGUAUUAAGAAAACUCGUUCUUUAUAUUAUUGUGUAAUAGUAAUGUUAACAAUGCCGAACAUGGACUCUGUAUUAAGAAAUCUCGUUCUUUAUAUUAUUGUGUAAUAGUAAUGUUAAUAAUGCCGAACAUGGACUCUCAUGGAUAUUUUUACUAUAUAUAAUAAUGAUAAAAUAUAUUGCCAACUCUAUUAACCACCUCGAAGGUCUAUUGGGGGAAAAUUUUCUUAUAAAAUUUAGUUGAUAUCGAGUUUUUGUUUUAAUAUUGUUCAUGAAUUUCCCUGAUCAGAUUUGUAUGAUAAUGGAUUUUCUAAGGAAGUUAUUGUCGUGAAUGACAAAAGCUUUAUGUCCUUCCAAAUGUGUUUUAGUUUUUCUAGUUUCAGUGAUUGAAUAGAUGUUGGGUAACUAAACAUAUUCUCGGUCAUAGAAGAAUAUGAAUAAUUCUAUUUAAUUAUGUACGAAUACAGUGUUAAUGAGUUAUUUUGUUGUCAAUGACUUCAGCAUUAAAUGUAAUAAUCGUUUCAAUUGAUGAUUAAACAGAUCAACGGUUACAUUAAUACGUGAUUCCUCACUUCCUUUGUUAUUUUAGUCUUAAAUGUUUAAAAUGUCAGAGUAUGUACUUUGGUGGAGAUAAUGUGAAAAGAGUUUAUUUAGCAAUUAUUGUAAGUUAUAUAGUUAUGUUAUCUCAAUAGCUCGGCAAUUCUUUUCAAACGUAUAGUGACUUUCAUUUCUGUUAUGUCUCGUAAGUUGAACGUUUUAUUCGGAUCCUAGCUAUUCGGAUAACCCCAGGCUAGCACUACUCAGCGACUUGGAAGACCAGAGAGAAGACACGAGUAUCAGAGAAGCACUUUACUACAAGGUUCAAUUAUGUACAGAAAAACAGGGGUUUUAUAGUAGCUAAAAGACCUUGAAAUCCCAUAGUAACAGUAUGUUAACAGCCAAUCAGGACCUUGUUAUUUUAGUAGCAUUUUAGUAGCAUAGCUUCUAACUAAUUGCUGAUUGGUUGGUCUCUUUAUGAGCCUAUCUGAAGGCUCUGAUAGAGUUUAUUGUAAGCCGAUCUAACACCUCCCUUUUUUUGAAGAUUCGAAAAUUAGAUUCUGAUUUUUGAAAAAAUUAUCUGUAAGUUGAAAUUCUCCAACAUUUCCUCCCCCACGAAAUAAUGUUGGAUCUUCAU